CAGAUAAAAAGUCACGUGGAAACCAACGCAGGUUUGUUGAUAAUUCCACAUGACAGGCAGCAUUAUAAAACCAAACUGACCACUUUUGUAAAACGAAUUCAAUCACAAGGCUGUACCCUCUUGGACGUUCUUGACCAACAUGUCUUGGAAAUAUAUCGUGUCCUGUUUGUCAUUGGUCGUUAUAUGCUCAAGUGAAGCCGUGCACAAAAUUGGAAAAAUUUCAUUAAAUACGGCAGCAUUUGCUAAUCUAUAUGAAAAUCCAAAUGCUCGAUCUCCAAAUGAAAAAUAUGACUUACUUCUCACGACGUUUUCGGGUAACCCGUUUGUAUCCGGAACAGUGAGUCUUUAUCGUGGCAUUGGACAACAUAUGAGAAACAUCGGAAACAUUCAGAAAGAAGUUUUAGCGAACAAGAUGUCGUGGCCCAAUGAAGUAUCUGGAGUUCCAGAAAGCGUCUUUGGUAAACGCAUGGUGGUAAUUCCUGACGGAUUUCUCGUCCCCUUUAAGGACGACGGAUACAUUUAUAUUGUUGAUAUUUCCGGAAAUACCCCACGGGGACCAUACAAACUGACGGACCACACAGAGGGGAAAUGGUUCUACCACCGUGUGCUGUGGAAGGAUAUGGAUGGGGAUGGAGAUUUAGACAUAUUAACGUGUCGCGCCAGAGAACCAGUUUUUUCAAUAUUCUCGUCAAAAGACACAGAAAUGCUCUGGCUAGAAAAUCCGGACAACCACCAAUACACAUCUCCAUGGAAACAACAUGUUAUUACACACGGGCCCGAUGUGUACUUCCGGAAUCUGAAGAUUAAUACGACAGAUGGAGAAUUUGACGUCAUAGUCACGUCGGAGUUUUUUAAAAAGAAGUUGACCAUUCAUUGGACAACUGACAAUAUGAAAAGAUGGAAUGAUUUGACAAAGGUUCACUCGAGAACAAUAGACACAACAGCCGGGGCUUUAUUCGACGUCGAAAUUAAUGACGUCAACGGUGAUGGCCGGGAGGAUUUCCUCGUUGUCUCCAAUGGAAUGAAUGGGAGUGUGUUGGUCUAUGAAGUCCCAAACGAUUUCCGAACGGACAACUUCCCAAGACACACGAUAGCAACAAAUUUUGUCCCACGAACAAAAGGUCAAGGAAAAGGUGCUCCUGGUUCAGCAUUUUGCAUCCGAUCUCUCGCAUCAGACAAGAGCACGCGGCCAUUCAUUUUGGUGUCGGGUGACGAUGAUGGACGUGCCUAUUUCUUAGAGCCUAACAGCAAUAAUGUUCAAGAUUGGACCUACACCAAAAACACAUUCCACGACGCCGGAAGCGGAACGGUGGGACAAAUUGCUUUUGCAGACGUAGAUGGGGACGAUUUCAUUGACAUUUUUGUACCAGACUAUAACCUUAACGAUGUCUCAAUAUACACAUUCGCGCCUUCUGAACAAACAGUUUUUGGAUACAAAUGAUCAUAUGUGA